ACUUCCUUCAACUCAUAAUCAAUUUUAAAUUUCCCCGUGAAAGAUAUAACUAUAAUCAAAUAUGUAUUUAAAAUUAAUUUUCUAAGGUCAAAUCAAAUAUGCAUGCGUCAUGCGUGUGUCCGUCCACAUAACAUAAUGGCAAGACACGUAAAAUGUGUAUUUAAAUUCAGCUGAUUUGUUACCUUGGAUUGUGGAUUGUCUUCACUCUGCAGUCUGGCAUUACAAUGCAACGGCUUUCGUUUAAUAUGUAUAUCUGUCGUUAAACGUUUUUUUGUUUUUCAGUUGAAUUGAUUUAUUAUUUAUUAUGGUUAAGACCGUCUAUAUAGAAGAAGAAAAAAAGUCAGAAAGGAUCAUAAUCACUACCUCGUACGUGCUUUCUCUCUCUUCUUCUUCAGCUCUGAAAAGAUUCCCGUUUCCUUCUGUUGGGUUCUCUGACACCCUUCUUUCCAUCAAGUUCCUUGUGAGAGGUGCCGGAAGCUGUCACAAUGAAUUUAGCAUCAGGUGUUGGUGGAAAGAUUGAAAAAUCUCAAAUUUUGUCCGCAGUUGAGAAGUAUGAGAAGUAUCAUGUUUGUCAUGGAGGCCAAGAGGAAGAGAGAAAAGCUAAUUACACUGAUAUGGUUAAUAAAUACUAUGAUCUUUCUACUAGCUUUUAUGAGUUUGGCUGGGGGCAAUCUUUCCAUUUUGCCCACAGAUGGAAAGGGGAAUCUCUUCAAGAAAGCAUUAAAAGACAUGAGCACUUCCUUGCUUUACAACUUGGCCUAAAGCCUGGACAAAAGGUCCUGGAUGUUGGAUGUGGAAUUGGGGGGCCACUAAGAGAAAUUUCUCGAUUCAGCUCAACAUCAGUUACAGGAUUGAACAACAAUGAGUAUCAGAUAACAAGAGGAGAGGCGCUCAAUCGCAUUGCUGGAGUGGACAAGACUUGCAACUUUGUCAAGGCUGACUUCAUGAAAAUGCCAUUCCAAGACAAUAGUUUUGACGCAGUGUAUGCAAUUGAAGCCACCUGUCAUGCACCAGAUGCUUAUGGAUGCUACAAAGAGAUCUUUAGAGUGUUGAAGCCUGGCCAAUAUUUUGCUGCAUAUGAAUGGUGCAUGACUGAUGCUUUCGAUCCCAACAACGAAGAGCACCAAAGGAUAAAGGCAGAAAUUGAGAUUGGUGAUGGACUCCCUGACAUUAGAUUGACCACAAAGUGUGCUGAAGCUCUAAAGCAAGCAGGUUUUGAGCUAAUCUGGGAGAAAGAUCUUGCGAUUGAGUCUCCCGUUCCUUGGUACUUUCCUCUGGAUACAAGUCGUUUCUCACUUACUAGCUUUCGUCUAACUGCUGUUGGACGAUUUUUCACAAGAAGCUUGGUCAAGGGUCUAGAAUAUGUUGGAUUUGCUCCAAAGGGAAGUCUAAGGGUUCAAGAAUUCCUAGAAAAGGCUGCAGAUGGACUAGUUGAAGGAGGAAAGAAAGAGAUUUUCACACCAAUGUAUUUCUUUUUGGCUCGGAAGCCUGAAUCAAGUGACUACUAAGGUGGUGUAGCAAGUUGCUACUGUAUUGAGGAGUUAUUGGGAUUCAAGGACGGGAGCUUGUAAAAUUUAUAUUGUCUUUGGCCUUGCCAAAGUGAGUCCUGCUGAUUUGAGUUUCUUUUCUACAUUUACAUUACCAAGACCUCAGUUUGCAUCUUGUUAUUUUCCAAAGAAAAUUUAGCCUCCUGUUUCAUUGCA